UACGGAACAUCCUGCCCUCAGCGGAGAGGGGGAGGAGAGAGAGAGAGAGAGAGAGAGAGAGUCUGAGAGUGUGUACAGAGAGAGAGAGAAGGGGGGAGAGAGCCCGAGAGUGUAUUGGGAGCGAGGAGAGAGACGAGGUCUGGCGUCUCCCGGUAGUAAAUUAUCAGGUUUCGAGCACAAAAACUCGCAGAAAGAGCCAGAGAAGAAGGAGAGGAGGCCUCGUGGAAAGCUCACUGCUCCACUGGUGACCGGGACCAGCAGCAGCAGCAGCGCGUAAAGCCGUGGAUUAAAAAAAAAAAAAAAAAACCCGACGAGAAGGACGGAUGGUCGCGCAGACGGGCGGCGCGCUCUGAAGUUGGACAGACUACCGAGAGACACCGAGCAGCAGCAGCGGCGGCAGCAGCAGCUUUUGUCCGUCCACUUCCUCCCCCCUCCCAGAACCCUCCCGUUGAAGGCAGCAGCGGCGGCACCGGGAGGCUGUGCCCGCGCACCCCGAUCAUGAAGCUGCCGUGGCUCCUGGCGCUCACGGCGCUGCUUGCUCACGCCACCACGGCACAGACGUGGUCUCCGUCGAUCGACGACGAAGGCUCGACGAGAGAUGAGUUCUACGACGAUGAGGACCUCUACUCAGGCUCCGGCUCCGGCUUUCCUGAGAUCAGUUUGAGGCCGACAUCGGUGGCCGUAUCCUUCACCACGGAGGAGCCCCUCCUCCUGUCCACCACCCAGGCCACAGGCCCCGCCCCCUCUGCCUCACCUGCGGCCGAGCCCAGCCCGAGCCCCGAGGACCCCACCGGCACCCCGCUGCCCACCGAGGUAGACGGAGAGAGCGGUGCAUUCUGGGACAGAGACAAGGAGCUGGAGAAGGAGAGAGAAAGAGAGAUGGAGAAGGAGCAAGAGAGGCAGAGGGAGCUGGAGAGGGAGAGAGAGAAGGAGAGACAGCUGGAGAGGGAGAGAGAACGAGAGAGGGAGAGGGAGCGGGUGAGGGAGAUGGAGAGAGAGAGGGAGAGAGAGAGGGAGAGGGAGCGAGAGAGGGAGCGUGAGAGAGAGCGAGAGAAAGAGCGAGAGAGGCAGAGAGAGCGUGAACUGGAAAGAGAGAGAGAGCUGGAGAGGAUCCGAGCCGCCGCCGCCCGGACUACCGCCGCCCCCCGGUCACCUGCUGCCGUUCCCGUGGUGACCACCAACCCGGCAACCAGUCCUUCGGAAAGUGCCGCACCCUCCGCCGGUUCAGAUGACCUGAGCACCAUAGAAGAAGAAGACGACGUCUACCUGUCACCUGAACCCACCUCGUUUUACCCCGGCUUCGACAUGGAGAUCACCACAGAAGAAGAGACGUCCACCACAGCAGAGACCACCCCUGAGCCCACGACAGCCGCACCCACCACCACCACCACCACUACAGCUGCCACCACUAUCAAGACCAGGUUCCCCUUCAGGCCCAGGGUUCCCAUGACGACGGCCACUCAGGCGGCGCCAGCAGAGAGGACGACCCGCCCACAGCAGCCAGCAACAACACAGGAGGCCAACAACGAGGUGGGGGCCGCGGGACCAAGCGGAGAUUUCGAGAUUCGUGACGAUCGCCGCAACGGUCUGGGCCGGGGCGUGAUGCCAGUGGACCCGGAUCUGAUGGGAAACACAGUGGACGGAGGGAGCUCUGCCGCCCAGCUGCCACAGAAGAACAUCCUGGAGAGGAAAGAGGUCUUGAUAGCGGUGAUAGUGGGAGGCGUGGUGGGCGCCCUGUUCGCCGCCUUCCUGGUGAUGCUGCUGGUGUACAGGAUGAAGAAGAAGGACGAGGGCAGCUACACGCUGGAGGAACCCAAACAGGCCACCGUCACCUACCAGAAACCAGACAAGCAGGAGGAGUUUUACGCAUAACACUAGUACGCCAGAGAGACACACCGCACACCGAGGGAGAGAGAAAGAGCGAGAGAGAAAAGAGAGAAAGAUACUCUAAAGCCCUCCCCUCCUCUUCCUCCUCCUCUUCUUCCUCCUCCUCUUCUUCGUCGCUUCCCUCCUCGUCUGCUCGCCUCUCCUCAUCCCUCUCUCCUCUCGUCCUCCAAAACACUUGAGAGCGCCUUUCUCUCUGCGGACUUUGGGACUUUCUUUUCAAUGAAAAUGAGAAAAAAGAGGAGGAAAAAAAGGAAAAAAAAAAUCCAAAUAUAUUCAGAAAAAAAUAACACAUACACACGAGAUGUUUUUAAAGUAAAUGUUGUUAUUAAUAUUCUACAGAUGCUCCUGUUCUGUAUGUAAUGAUAUGAUUAUUUUGUAAAAAAAAAAGGAAAAAAAAGCAAACGAACAAAACAAACUCAUAAUUUGUGUUUUCCGGCACACACACACAAAAAAGUUCCUCUUCUGUUUUUAAAUGAAAAAGCUUACAAGAGAGAGGAGAGGAGAGGGGUGGAGCCGGCUGAGGGGGAAUAAAAGAGCGAUGGGCUCGACUCUGCCUCCUCAACCCCCUGAACAAAAACCGUCUGGCUGGCCGCACAGAGCCGAAGGGGUCAAGGGUGAGAGGAAAGGUCUCUUUUGUGCCUUCCGUCCCUCUGGUGCUCAAAGCAAACACGCAAACACGCAGCCACAGGAUCACACACAUGCAAACCGCACACAUGCACACACACUGCUCGAAGGUGGCUCUGACCUCGCUCUCUGUGCUCGGCCAACCAGAAGACGGUGCUCGACCCUCGGCGUGUUUCUCAAUGUCAAGGAGCCACUGUGGAAACACCGGCUGGUCGCGGCCCCCCCUCUGCUCCUCGAAAGCUGUACAAAGACUAGUUAUGGAUAGUAAUAAUAAUCAAUAAUAUAUCAAUGUUUCUGGGCUGGAUGGUGAAGAAGAAUAAUAAUAAUACCAUAAUAAUAAUAAUAAUAAUAAUAAUACUUAAACAGGAGGAUGUGUAUUUAGCAGUUUAAAAAAAAAGUUUAUAUGUAAAUAUCAGCGUAUCCUUUCUGGCGUCACUAACCAUCUGCAUGAUCAUAAAGAGUUUUUAUUCAUCGCAUCACUUUUAGAUGAGCUGUGCUCCCGUCACACGCACCGACAAACACACACACACACAGCUGCAGACGUGAAAACUUUUGCUGUGCAUUUGAACACACCACACAGACUCUAAAUAUACUGUAAAUCAUAUCAUUCAGACACAUAUCAGUCCCAUCGUCAUCGUUGUCAUCGUCAUCAUUGUGGUAGUCAUCACUUGUGAUUGGAGCGCGAUCAGGUGGUUUUAGGUAUGUUAUUGAUUAGUUGUGGAAUCGGUCGCCGGGUUGGUUUAGAGUUUGGUCUGUUUGUGUAAAAGCACAACUACAUGUCCAGUCAUUUAUGUCCCUCCCAACACACCCCCACCCACACACACACGCCCCCCUUUUUUUGCAUGCCUCACUUUCUUUUCCUUCCACCAUUGGCUCUCUGUUCGGGGGUGGGCGGGGCCUCUGGGAAGCGUGAGGGGCUUUAAUAAAAAAAAUGUCCACGCAGGAAGUCGCUCCUCGGGGCACCAAUUCGGUCGGAAAAUCACAUGAGAGGAAUUGGCGCUCAAGAGGUCGACUCCAACCUGCCGUCGGACCGUUUUCUGGGGAUGGGGAGGGGAACGUGAGGAGACAGGAGGACUGUGCUUCUAUCUAAGAGAUUGUAACAAUAACCACGCCAGUGCGACUGGGCUAGUAGCUUCUAUUAUACUCAGUACUGUAGAACAAAAAUGCAUGGGAGUCAAAACUAUACUCGUCUGGGUGUGCGCGUGGAUGCGUUUUUUUUUUUCCCGUCCGUGAGUUUGAACGCAAAGACGGGGCGAGUUAAAAGUCGGAAUGUACUGUGGUCGAGUGUGUGUUUACCUACUCCAGCAGUUCUCACGCUCUUCCACAGACAGGUAACACGCACCUCUUCCACUGCUGUGUGUUUUAGUCACCUGCUCGCCCUCACCGGUGUGAGAAGAGUGUGUGUGUUUGUGUGUGUGAGUCUACACCUCCAUCCGAACCUGCCACCUGUGUAUGUGUGUGUAUGCAUGAGUGCUUCACCUUGGUAUUUCACAGCAGACUCUUGUGUACACUGACUAGCCUGUCGACGUGUGUGUAUGUGUGUCUAAGUGUGUGUCUGAGUGUGUUUAGUCCGUUCACUGCUGAAUGUGGGCGGCUUCGUCCCUCAGUGGCUGUCACACACACUUGACUGUGUCUUCUCACCGUCUGUCUGUCUGUCUGUCUGUCUGACUUGUCUACCUGUCUGUCUCCGGACAGACGGACAGACAACACGCCGCUCUCUCACAGGCAGGAAUGAUCUUAACACGUACUGUCUUUUCUAAAGUGACCGUCAAAAGUGUAAACAUGUGCGUUUGUACUCAUCUAAGCCUGCGUAGCCAAAUAAGACGUGUGUGUGUCUCUGUGUGUGUGUGUGUGUGUGUGUGUGUGUGUGUGAGCGAGAACGAGGGUAUAUUUGUAUGUGUGUGUGCGUGAAUCUGAGUAUGCAUGUGUGUGUGAAGCCCACUGGAGGCUACACUACUCUAUGUUUGCUGUUCCCAUUCCUGUUUUUAUACAUUUGCAUUUUUUUAAGGCUGAGUUUCUGUCAUUGGCUGAGUGAGCGAGAGGAGGCGGAUCCUCCACGCCACCGCCCUGUCACUAAUCUGCCACUCUGUUCCAAAUAAAAAACCUGAUUGGGUAAA